AUUCCUGCGAAGUGUUUGAAAACGGAGGAGGAGACGUCACCCCGCGGGGCUCCUCCCCUGUCCCCUCAAACCCCUCCCUCCCUCCGCCUUCCACCGAAGUAACUCUGGACUAACAAGAGCCGCCGCCGCCGCCGCCGCCGCCGUGGAGCAUGGAGAGCAGCCGCGGCCGCACCGGGACGAGGGUUGCUUCUGCUCCUCGGAGCUAGUUUGGAUUCUGCGAAGAAGCCCCAAGAAAAGAUCGCUGUUGGGAGGCUGUUGGAGGACGGAUUUCGGCCGGCGAGGUCUCGCCUCGCCUGGGUUCCACCUGGGUGGGUGGGGGGGCAGUAUAAUUAGCGAAGCGACUGGAAAACUUCUCCCCAACUCAGCAUGGAUACAGCGGCGUGGGCACUGCCUUCUUUCGUGGCUCUAGUGCUCCUCGCCCCGUGGCCUUUUCCAGGGACUGCCCGAGCUCAGUUCUCCGCAGGAGGCUGUACAUUUGAUGAUGGUCCUGGAGCUUGUGAUUACCAUCAAGACCUAUAUGAUGAUUUUGAAUGGGUUCAUGUUAGUUCUCAAGAGCCUCAUUAUUUGCCUCCUGAGAUGCCUCAAGGAUCCUACAUGGUGGUGGAUUCCUCUAAUCAUGACUCAGGAGAAAAAGCCAGACUUCAGCUCCCAACAAUGAAGGAAAAUGACACGCAUUGUAUUGAUUUCAGCUAUUUGUUAUAUAGCCAGAAAGGAAUGAAUCCUGGCACUUUGAACAUAUUAGUUAGAGUGAAUAAAGGUCCUCUGGCUAAUCCAAUUUGGAAUGUGACUGGCUUCACUGGUAAAGACUGGCUUCGGGCUGAGCUGGCAGUGAGCACCUUUUGGCCCAAUGAAUACCAGGUAAUAUUUGAGGCUGAAGUCUCAGAUGGGAGGAAUGGCUACAUUGCUAUUGAUGAUAUCCAAGUUCUGAGCUAUCCUUGUGAUAAAUCCCCUCAUUUUUUGAGGCUGGGUGAUGUAGAAGUCAAUGCAGGGCAGAAUGCUACAUUUCAGUGUAUUGCUACAGGAAGAGAUGCUGUGAAUAACAAGUUAUGGUUGCAGAGACGGAAUGGAGAGGAUAUACCAGUGGCACAGACUAAAAAUAUCAAUCAUAGAAGAUUUGCUGCUUCCUUUAGAUUACAAGAAGUGACAAAAACUGAUCAGGAUUUGUACCGCUGUGUAACUCAGUCAGAAAGAGGUUCCGGAGUUUCCAAUUUUGCUGAACUAAUUGUGAGAGAACCACCUCGGCCAAUAGCUCCUCCCCAGCUACUUGGUGUUGGGCCUACAUAUUUGUUGAUUCAACUUAAUGCUAAUUCCAUUAUUGGUGAUGGACCCAUUAUCUUGAAAGAAGUGGAGUAUCGAAUGACAUCAGGAUCUUGGACAGAAACUCAUGCUGUCAAUGCACCCACCUAUAAACUAUGGCAUCUGGACCCUGAUACUGAAUAUGAGAUCCGUGUUCUACUCACAAGGCCUGGAGAAGGUGGCACAGGACUGCCAGGACCACCACUUAUCACCAGAACUAAAUGUGCUGAACCAAUGAGAACACCAAAAACAUUAAAAAUUGCUGAAAUCCAAGCAAGACACAUCGCAGUGGACUGGGAGUCUUUAGGCUACAACAUUACACGUUGCCACACUUUCAAUGUCACUAUUUGCUACCAUUACUUCCGUGGUCACAAUGAGAGCAAAGCUGACUGCUUGGACAUGGACCCCAAAGCACCCCAGCAUGUUGUGAGCCAUCUGCCACCUUACACAAAUGUCAGCCUCAAGAUGAUUCUAACCAAUCCUGAAGGGAGGAAGGAAAGCGAGGAGACAAUUAUUCAGACUGAUGAAGAUGUGCCCGGCCCAGUUCCAUUCAAGUCUCUUAAAGGAACCUCAUUUGAAAACAAGAUCUUCCUGAAUUGGAAAGAACCUUUGGAUCCAAAUGGAAUUAUCACUCAAUAUGAGGUCAGCUACAACAGUAUCAGGUCAUUCGAUCCUGCCGUUCCUGUGGCCGGACCUCCCCAGACUGUGACAAAUUUAUGGAAUAGUACACAUCAUGUAUUUUUGCAUCUUCACCCUGGAACAACCUACCAAUUUUUUAUAAGAGCCAGUACAGUCAAAGGCUUUGGCCCAGCUACAGCAAUCAAUGUUACAACCAAUAUUUCAGCUCCCACCUUACCUGACUAUGAAGGAAUUGAUGCAUCUCUUAAUGAAACUGCCACCACUAUAACAGUGUUAUUGAGGCCUGCACAGGCUAAAGGUGCACCUAUCAGUGCCUAUCAAAUUGUGGUAGAGGAAUUACAUCCCCACCGAACCAAGCGAGAAACAGGGGCAAUGGAAUGCUACCAGGUCCCCAUCACCUACCAGAGUGCUAUAAGUGGAGGUUCUCCAUAUUACUUUGCUGCAGAACUACCACCAGGGAAUCUACCUGAACCUGCUCCCUUUACUGUUGGGGACAACAGAACAUACCAAGGAUUUUGGAACCCACCUCUAGCGCCUCGCAAAGGUUACAACAUCUACUUUCAAGCUAUGAGCAGUGUGGAGAAGGAAACUAAAACACAGUGUGUAAGAAUAGCUACAAAAGCAGCAGCAACAGAAGAACCAGAGGUGAUUCCUGAUCCAGCCAAGCAGACGGAUCGAGUAGUGAAAAUAGCAGGAAUUAGUGCUGGGAUUUUGGUAUUCAUCCUCCUCCUCCUAGUUGUCAUAUUAAUUGUCAAAAAGAGCAAGCUUGCUAAAAAACGCAAGGAUGCCAUGGGGAACACCCGCCAGGAGAUGACACACAUGGUAAAUGCAAUGGAUAGGAGUUAUGCAGAUCAGAGCACUCUUCAUGCAGAGGACCCGCUUUCAAUUACAUUCAUGGAUUCUCAUAACUUUAGCCCAAGAUUGCCCAAUGAUCCACUUGUGCCAACUGCUGUGUUAGAUGAGAACCACAGUGCACCAGCAGAGUCCAGCCGACUCCUUGAUGUACCUCGAUACCUUUGUGAGGGGACCGAAUCUCCAUACCAGACUGGGCAGUUACACCCAGCCAUCAGGGUGGCGGAUUUAUUACAGCAUAUUAAUCUCAUGAAGACGUCGGACAGCUAUGGGUUCAAAGAGGAAUAUGAGAGUUUCUUUGAGGGACAGUCAGCAUCUUGGGAUGUGGCUAAAAAAGAUCAAAAUAGAACAAAGAACCGAUAUGGAAACAUCAUAGCGUAUGACCACUCCAGAGUCAUUUUGCAGCCCGUCGAGGAUGAUCCUUCUUCUGAUUAUAUUAAUGCCAACUAUAUUGAUGGAUACCAGAGGCCAAGCCAUUACAUUGCAACCCAAGGUCCAGUCCAUGAGACAGUAUAUGAUUUCUGGAGGAUGAUCUGGCAGGAACAGUCAGCCUGUAUUGUAAUGGUUACAAACUUAGUUGAAGUUGGCCGAGUUAAGUGUUAUAAGUAUUGGCCCGAUGAUACUGAAGUAUAUGGUGACUUUAAAGUAACUUGUGUGGAAAUGGAACCACUUGCUGAAUAUGUGGUUAGAACAUUCACCCUGGAAAGGAGAGGAUAUAAUGAAAUCCGUGAAGUUAAACAAUUUCAUUUUACUGGUUGGCCAGAUCAUGGUGUGCCAUACCAUGCCACAGGUCUGCUGUCAUUUAUUCGCCGGGUCAAAGUAUCUAAUCCACCCAGUGCUGGGCCCAUCGUGGUCCAUUGCAGUGCUGGUGCUGGACGAACUGGUUGUUAUAUUGUGAUUGAUAUCAUGCUGGAUAUGGCUGAAAGAGAAGGUGUGGUGGACAUUUACAACUGUGUCAAAGCCCUCCGUUCUCGUCGUAUCAACAUGGUUCAAACAGAGGAACAGUACAUUUUUAUUCAUGAUGCAAUUCUGGAAGCCUGCUUAUGUGGAGAAACUGCCAUACCUGUCUGUGAAUUCAAAGCUGCAUAUUUUGAUAUGAUUAGAAUAGACUCCCAGACUAAUUCAUCACAUCUCAAAGAUGAAUUUCAGACCUUAAAUUCCGUAACUCCUCGACUACAAGCAGAAGAUUGCAGCAUAGCCUGCCUGCCAAGGAACCAUGACAAGAAUCGUUUCAUGGAUAUGCUGCCACCUGACAGAUGUCUGCCUUUCUUAAUUACUAUCGAUGGGGAGAGUAGUAACUACAUCAAUGCUGCUCUUAUGGAUAGUUACAGACAGCCCGCUGCUUUCAUCGUCACCCAGUACCCUCUGCCAAAUACUGUGAAAGACUUCUGGAGAUUAGUAUAUGAUUAUGGCUGUACCUCCAUUGUGAUGUUAAAUGAAGUCGACUUGACCCAGGGAUGCCCUCAGUACUGGCCCGAAGAAGGCAUGUUGCGAUAUGGACCUAUUCAAGUAGAAUGCAUGUCCUGUGCAAUGGACUGUGAUGUGAUCAACAGAAUUUUUCGGAUAUGCAAUCUCACAAGGCCACAGGAAGGGUAUCUAAUGGUACAACAGUUUCAGUACUUAGGGUGGGCUUCUCACCGAGAAGUCCCUGGGUCCAAAAGAUCGUUCCUGAAACUGAUACUUCAGGUCGAAAAAUGGCAGGAGGAGUGUGAUGAAGGAGAAGGAAGGACCAUCAUUCAUUGUCUGAAUGGUGGAGGGCGAAGUGGAAUGUUCUGUGCUAUAGGCAUUGUUGUGGAAAUGGUAAAAAGACAGAAUGUUGUUGAUGUUUUCCAUGCAGUCAAGACCUUACGGAACAGCAAGCCAAAUAUGGUGGAAGCCCCAGAACAGUACCGUUUCUGCUACGAUGUAGCUUUGGAGUACCUUGAAUCAUCAUAGUUGGACUGGACAUGGAAAGGGAAUCCAAACUAAGACCUGUUCAGCUGUUGAACCAGCAGCUACUGUACCUGUUGAACCUGUGAAGAGAUUUAAGUGUUGGGGGAGGGGAACAUUUACAUUUUAAAUGCAAAAGUAUUUUUCUUAUGAAGUUGUGUAUGUUAAUAAAAGGACUCAAUCAGUUUCUAUGCCUGUAAACAAUAUCAAAAUUUAGUGCCACAAAAUUAUAUUUAAUAAAAACCAGACUAAGCCAGUUGGGGGGCAAGUAGGGACUUUUCAGUGUUUGUACAUUCGAUAUGAUAUGCAGCUGCCUCUCUCUAGGCUCACCUGAUGCAUGAAUCAAUAUUUCCUAUAUGGCAUUUUUUCUCCUUCUUUUGAUAAAAGAUGUUAAAAAUUUAAAAAGAAGAAAAAAAGCUGUGCAAAUUGAUGGUAAAAAGAAAUCCAUUCUUUAUACGUUUCAAGUGUAGCAGAUCUAUAUAAAUAUAUAAAUAUAUUUAACUGGCUUAUUUUGUUUUAAUGUGCAAUGAUGGCUGGAUCACAUAAAAUUCUUUUUAAAGAAAAUAAACAUAAGCCAAAGACUCAAGUGUAUAUAUGUCUAUAUGGAGAAAGCACACUGUAUUUAUUGGUUACCUGCAUUCCUUUUUGGUUGUUUAAGGGGGGGAAAUCAUUUUUCUUGAAGAAAGCUUUUUUUCUGAAAUCAGGUGUAAACGAUUUUUGUAGUUUAUUUUUUGUAUGUUUUAGUGUUAGUAGGAGCCAUACUUUUUAUGCCCACACCAGAAAACAUUGUUGUAGUGGUUUUGUUGUGUGUACAUGCUUGUGAAUUUUCACAUAAAAAUAAAACCAACUUGGCUAUCAGGUCUUUUAACAUGGGACCAACUUAAAACAUUUUGCUAAAAAUGUAUAGUUUUUCACAGUUACCUUAGUCAGAUAUUGGUCAGAUCAUUAUAUAUAUAUAUAUAUAUAUAUAUAUAUAUAUAUAUAUAUAUAUAUAUAUAUAUAUAUAUAUAUAUAUAAUUGUACACAUUCUGAUGGCCUUGCUAAUGACUUGCACAAUGUUGAACAUAGUCUCUUUGCACCAUUUCAAUCUUAACACAAGCCAAUCUUGUUGAGCCACCAGUGAAGCACAGGUCAAGACAAUAAGAUGGCAACAUCCAUCCUUUCAGAGUAAGACAAAUUUUAUUGAACUGUAAAGUUAAUACAAUUUUUCUUUUGAUGUUUACACACAUGUAAGCUUUGGGCUCUGACAGAACAGAGUUUGAAUAAAUCAAUGCCAGUUUCCAGUUUUGUGCAUUGUCACUUGAUUUCAAGUGGACCUUCCCCAAUGUGGUCUCAUUCAUGUGUUCCACACAGCUGUAAACUCCCAUCCUAUGCUUGCUGUUUGUUGUUGACUUAAGCAUUCCAAUCUCCUCUUUCUAGAUUAACAGUACAUGACAUGGUGCUUAUAAAAUUUUAAUGUAAAGUAAGACUGAAUUAAAAAUUUUUUAUAAUAA